UAAUUUGGCAUUUGGGGUCUUUUUGUCUGGAUGGUUAUUAUUUAAGAUUGGUCGUUAGAGCUCUUUAGAAAUGCUGAGACUGUAGGAGGAACUUAAUUAGUUUUAACCUUCAGGGAAGGAUGGUUUAGCUGCUAUUUGUUGGGAAUACUCUGAUAUUGACAUAUCUUUUCUCUUGUGUUAGUCACAUUACCAGAAAAUGAUCGUUUUAUUUCCUGCUUGGAAGGUAAAUGCCUCUUGCUGGGAACCUAGCAGAACACUGCAGGGGAGUGGCUGUAGACUGAGAAGGAUUCACCACUAAGCCUUCAGUAUUUUUUAUUUCUCUCACUCUAAUACUCAUAGAAUUCUGUGAUAUCAAUCUAAUUCAGUAGUAGGCUUUCUGGAGACUACAAAUCAUUCACCAUUGGUCAUCUGUUUUAUAACUUCGAAAAAUAUUGUACUCUAUCUUUAGUCUUAUUCUCUUAAAAAAAUCAUUUCACUGUAAUUUAGGGGAGGGUUGUGUUAGAGUAAAAUCAUAUGAUUUGUGUUCAAUAUACCAUGUAUAUCUAGAAAUAAGUUAUAGUUUAAGGGGUUCAAGACCAUGGUGGUUCAAGAUCACUUAUGUAAGGUUUCUUUUAUGACUUCAAGCACAUUUUCCCUCUCCCCUUUUCUUGAACAUUUCUUAGUAAGCUUGCAUUUCAUCUUUACUUCGUCUGUUUCUUUAAAAAUUUAACCUCAUGUAAUUCUAUUUACAUUUUUUAUUUAUUUCUAUCCUGUGAAGCCUGGCUCACUGGAACAAGCCAUGUUGGAUGCGUUAGUGAUGGAUCGAGUAGAUUUUGUGAAACUCUUAAUAGAAUAUGGAGUAAACCUCCAUAGAUUUCUCACCAUCCCCCGGCUGGAAGAGCUGUACAAUACUAAACAAGGACCUACUAAUAUGCUCUUACACCAUCUUGUCCGAGACGUGAAACAGAAUACCCUUCUCUCAGACUACAAAAUCACACUGAUUGACAUUGGACUGGUCAUCGAAUACCUCAUUGGUGGAGCAUACUGCAGUAGCUACACCAGAAAAAGCUUCAGAGCGCUGUACAACAGCCUCUACCAAACACGCAAGAGCAGGAGCAGCUGUCCUCCGAGCCUUUCCCAGUCCACGCUGCACCGGAGACGGCCCUCAGGACACAGCCAUGAGCCCGUAGACAUCACAUCCCAUUCACAGUUCAUCAGAACGGCCCAGCCGUACAGACUCAAGGAAAAGACUGUAGCCCUUCAUAAACAAAGGAAGAAGUCAAAAGAACAAACCCUAUCAGAGGAGGCUGAGUCUACUGGCUUUAUAUACCCUUACAACGACUUGCUGGUUUGGGCUGUGCUCAUGAAAAGGCAGAAGAUGGCCAUGUUUUUCUGGCAACAUGGGGAAGAGGCCACGGUGAAGGCCGUCAUUGCUUGCACACUCUACCGAGCCCUGGCCCAUGAAGCUAAACAGAGCAACAUGGUGGAUGACGCCUCUGAAGAGCUGAGAAAUUACUCAAAACAGUUCGGCCAGCUGGCGCUGGAUGUUUUGGAGAAGGCAUUCAAGCAGAAUGAGCGAAUGGCCAUGAAGUUGUUGACCUAUGAACUCAAGAACUGGAGCAAUGCUACCUCCUUGAAACUGGCAGUGUCCGGAGGAUUGCGGCCCUUUGUCUCACAUACUUGCACCCAGAUGCUCCUGACCGACAUGUGGAUGGGGUGUCUCAAACUGAGGAAGCACACUUGGUUAAAGAUCAUCAUAAGUAUUCUUUUACCACCUGUCAUCCUGACCCUGGAAUUUAAGAGCAAAGCGGAGAUGUCACAUAUCCCACAGACUCAGGACUCGCAGUUUACGUGGAACGAUGGUGACCAGGGCCCCGGCAGUAGCAAGGAAAGUGCUUCUAUGAAAGAUUGUGAUGUGGAAAGGGGAACAGAUGAGAAACUUGAUGAAAACCAUCACUUCGAUUUAAAGAGUGGAUCCCAAGGCCUUCCAUGGACCAGAAAGGUCUAUGAGUUCUACAGUGCUCCGAUUGUCAAGUUUUGGUUUUAUACGAUGGCUUAUUUGGCAUUCCUCAUGCUGUUCACUUACACUGUGCUGGUAGAGAUGAAGCCCCAGCCCUGCAUGCAAGAGUGGCUUGUUAUCAUUUACAUCUUCACCAAUGCCAUUGAGAAAGUCAGGGAGGUCUGUAUUUCAGAGCCUGGGAAGUUUACUCAAAAGGUGAAAGUCUGGAUAAGUGAGUACUGGAACCUGAUGGAAACCCUGGCUAUUGUCCUGUUUUUAGUGGGUUUUGGCCUUCGCUGGGGUGAUGGUCCUCGCCACACAGCAGGAAGACUUAUCUACUGCAUCGACAUCAUCUUCUGGUACACAAAGCUUCUGGACUUCUUUGCUGUGAAUCAGCAUGCAGGCCCAUAUCUGACCAUGAUUGCAAAAAUGGCAGCAAACAUGUUCUACAUCGUGAUCAUGAUGGCCAUAGUCUUGCUGAGCUUCGGCGUGGCACGUAAGGCCAUUCUUUCCCCGAAGGAGCCUCCAUCGUGGAAGCUAGCUCGAGAUAUUGUAUUUGAGCCGUACUGGAUGAUAUAUGGAGAAGUGUAUGCUGCGGAUAUAGAUGUUUGUGAGAACAACGCCUCGUGCCUUCCUGGUUCUUUCCUGACCCCGUUCCUUCAGGCCGUCUACCUCUUCGUGCAGUAUAUCAUCAUGGUGAACCUGCUCAUUGCCUUCUUCAACAAUGUUUACAUGGAUAUGAAGUGCAUGUCUGAUAAGCUAUGGAAAUUCAACCGCUAUCGCUACAUCAUGACCUACCACGAGAAGCCGUGGCUGCCCCCACCUUUCAUCCUGCUGUGCCACGCUGGUCUCCUCGUCCAAUGCCUUUGCCAUCGUCAGGCUCCAAAUGACCAAGAGGAGGAGGAUGUUGGAUUAAAGCUCUACCUGAGUCCUGAAGAUUUGAAAAAGCUCCACGAUUUUGAAGAGCAGUGUGUGGGAGAGUACUUCCACGAGAAGGUGGAAAGCCUGCACUGCAGUUGUGAAGAACAAAUUCGGGUGACAUCAGGAAGUCUGUGGAGUAAGAUGUGGUGCCGUGUUCCUUCACAUUCCGCACGUUCGGAUAUGGCGUGUUUGCCAAACGCUGCCUUGGAAAGGAAAGUGGUUACAGAUAUGGACUUUCAACUGAAAGAAAUGAACGAGAAAGUGUCUUUUAUAAAGGACUCCUUAAUGUCGUUGGACAGCCAGGUGGGACACCUGCAGGAUCUUUCUGCACUGACUGUGGAUACCUUAAAAGUUCUUUCUGCCGUUGACACCUUACAAGAAGACGAGGCUCUCCUGGUUGACAGAAAGCAUUCUACCGGCAGAAAGGCUCCCCACAGCUGGAGCAAUGUUCCCUGCGCAGAAGUUCUGGGGAGUGUGAAGAUGACUACGGAGAAGAAGUACCGGUUCUAUAGUACGCCCCCUUCUUUGCUACAGAGACUGGCCAGAGACCCACACCCUCCAAGGGCUCAGGGGAGGCCCCUUCUUGAGAUGACAGAUAGCCUGCGACAAGCUCCAAAUGUAAGAGGCGGCCAGAAAGAGCAAGAAACACACAAUGGCAUAGCUACUUCUGGGAUGUCUCUCAACUGGCAAGCACAUGCAAGAUAUGGCCAUUUCCUCCUGGUCCCUUCUUAUCUGAAGCGAACUUCCUUUUCUGCAGAAACGGAUUUGUCACUGUCCAGACCACCUGUGGAAGCCGGGGCAGAGAUGCUGACACCAGAACGGGUCAUCCAGAGUCAGGCUCCCGUUCAUCUGAGUCGGCAAUUGUCUCAGUCACCAGUUGGCUCAGACCAAGAGUUAAUAGCUGAACCCACAAAGCAGUAUGAGCCUAUCACUCAGGUACCAGCCACGCACGAUAAGAGGGAACACGUCCUGCUUCCUUUGCGUUCCAAACCUGCACCCAUGAAAGCAAUCUCCCUUCCUUGCCAGGUGGACAGCAUGCAGACUGGAGGUGGAUAUGUGAACUGGGCCUACUCAGAAGGCGAUGAAACUAGUAUGCAUAGCACCGAGAAACAGUGGCAAACCUGCUUACCCUUCCCUCGUAACCGGGACUCCAGUCAGAGUGGACCCUGCCAAAUGCACAGUCAGGCCCAAUCCCUAUCCGAGAACGCAGCAGCGCCGGCUCAAUGUGGUGAUUGCUCAGAGGUGGGGUCAUGGCUCCAGCCGAACUCUUCCUUUUGGAUGAGUCCUCUCCGAAAAAGAAGCAGGUCCCUCGUUAGGAACCAUAGUUUCAGAUUCCACAAAGAAGAAAAAUUGAUAACGACCUGUAAGAUUAAAAAAAUUUCACACUUCUCUGAAAUAGGGCCAUCAGCAUGGGUCAAAGAAAAAAUGCUAACGAAACCCAGGAAAUUAUCAGGGGAAAAGAAGAAAGCCCCGAGACUGCAGGUGCCCGUCAUAACCGUCAGUGGCUGCUCGCAGAGUGACCAACCGGACGCCGAGCCGGGAGGAAACAGCGUCUCCAGAGGAGAGGACGGCAGCGAGAACUGGCUCGCAGUGUCUACCUUUAGUCACAUAAGUUUAGAACCAUAUAUAUAUCAGAAAAUGAAAAGUAAAGGAAUUGAACGACACGCUGUGCAAGUCAGUGAUUACCUAAAGCAGCCUCACGAGGACCUGACCACAAACUCUUGGUGGAAUUCCAGAUGUACCAAUAUCAACAGGUCCACUCUGUUGAGAAGUUCAAGUGGAAUUGAUAAAAUCUCAGCCUCCUUAAAAAGCCCUCAAGAGCCUCACCAUUAUUAUUCAGCCAUUGAAAGGAACAAUUUAAUGAGACUCUCUCAGACGAUACCAUUUACCCCAAUCCAGCUGUUAGGAGAAGAAGUGACGGUCUACAGGCUAGAGGAGAGUUCCCCUUUGAACCUGGAUCGAAGCAUGUCCUCCUGGUCCCAGCAUGGGAGAAUGGCCAUGAUCCAGGUGUUGUCCCGAGAAGAGAUGGACGGCGGCCUCCGGAAAGCCAUGAAAGUUGUCAGCACCUGGUCGGAGGGGGACGUUCUCAAGCCAGGGCAGGUUUUCAUUGUGAAGUCCUUUCUUCCGGAGGUGGUACAGACCUGGCGUAAAAUCUUCCGGGAGAGUACCGUGCUCCAUCUCUGCCUCAGGGAAAUUCAGCAACAAAGAGCGGCUCAAAAACUGAUCUAUACCUUCAACCAAGUGAAACCGCAAACUAUUCCCCACACGCCAAGGUUCCUGGAAGUUUUCCUAAUCUACUGCCAUUCGGCUAAGCAAUGGUUGACCAUUGAGAAGUAUAUGACAGGAGAGUUUCGCAAGUACAACAACAACAAUGGUGAUGAAAUUGCCCCCAACACUGCCUUGGAGGAACUGAUGUUGGCUUUCUCUCACUGGACCUAUGAGUACACCCGGGGAGAGCUGCUCGUUUUAGACUUACAAGGUGUUGGAGAAAAUUUGACAGAUCCAUCUGUUAUAAAACCUGAAGACAAACGAUCAAGAGGAAUGGUGUUUGGACCAGCCAACUUAGGGGAAGAUGCAAUGAGAAACUUCAUUGCAAAACAUCGCUGCAACUCCUGCUGCCGGAAGCUCAGACUCCCGGAUUUAAAAAGAAAUGACUAUAGCCCUGGAAGGAUAAAGCCUGCCCUUGGACUUGAGACCAAAACAGAACCAGCCGAAGGGGCCCCAGCAAGGGCAAAGAGCGAUGGUUCUCCAGAAGAUAUCACACGGCUGUAAAAAGGGAGGCGUGAGAAGAAAGGGUGGGGUUUGGAUUCACACAGAGGCACCUCAGAAGAAAGGCCAGGUGCUCUGCGUGUGCAAAUCGAGCCUCUGAAGACACUCCAGAGCAUGUUCUACUCGGAUGCACACGCCGUUUCCAUGUGUUGGAGCUGACUGGAUGACAACUGGUGUUUUGGUUCUAAGGAGAUGGGGCACAGGUUAUGGCAAACCUUCGGCCAGGGUCACCUUACAUUGUGGGCCUCCCUGUGCUAAUAAGCUCUCUGAGCCUUGUGUCCCCCACUCCCCAAACGCCUCAUUGGGAUUGAUGAAUGGUUUCUCCUCAAGACUGCCCUCUCUGUCGGGGCACUUGCCAUGUAUUCCUCAUCCUCACUUCCAUGCAGAUGAGUCCAUGCAAAUGAGUCCAUGCAGAUGAGUGCAUGCAAAUGAGUCCAUGCAGAUGAGUCCAUGCAAAUGAGUCCAUGGGAAGAUGGCUUCUUCACACUCCAUUGUUGUUUCAUCUGGUUCCUGGGACUCUUGGAACAGAAUGAGUGCUAGGCACUACAGAACAAUUGAGAGGCAUUGAUUUUUCUCCCUCUGAGUAGAUCCUGCCCCUGCCCCCACUGUUAUUCACAACUUCACAACAGACUGUAUAUGUAUGUAUGUAUAUGUAUAUGCAUAUAUGCAUAUAGGUAUGCAUAAAAAUUAAGUGAACAUGUUGUUUCUUCUUCCCAGCAGCAAAGCAUUAAAGUUUUGAAAGUAGCUAUAA